UGAAAUCAAACAACACCAAAAGCCUCUCUCAUAUGUUUCUUCUGUUGUGGAUGACAUUGAUAGAAGCAGUACCAAGCUCUACGGGAUUCGAGUUCGAGUUCGAGUUGUAGAGGAAAAAGGACAGGUUGAAGAGACAGAAGCUUAAGUUAGUGCAGAACUCGCUCUCGAAGUCCUCUCUGUUUCAGCUUUGGGUAUCAAUCUGUGAAAUAUAAACAUGGCUGAGCGACAAACGCUGGAUCAGCAGCACCAAAUUGAUCAACAGAUUCAAUCCUCACCGCCUCCAAGGGACGACAUGAUUGCAUGUGUGAUGGCAUUGGAGGCUGCUUUGCUUCCAUGUUUGCCUGCGCGAGAGCUUCAGGCUAUAGACCGUUCUCCACACCCUUCUCAUCAGAUUGAUGUAGAAAGGCAUGCCAGAGAUUUUAUGGAUGCUGCCAAGAAGCUUCAGCUGUAUUUUAUUGGCCUGCAACGGGAGGAUCAACCAACCAAGGUUGAAACACUUGGAAAGGAGAUCGCUAUGAUGGAGGAAGAAUUAAAGAUAAAGACUGAAAUUAUCAAGAAGCAGGAGAGACUGAUCCAAGGAUGGAGAAAAGAGCUGAAAGACCAAUUGGACAAGCACAAUGCCGAGUUGGAGAGGGUAUAGAGUGUGGUUUUUGAGCAAUAAGCUUGUAAUGAUUCUUCCAAUUGGUGCUAACUUUUCUUGGUGCGUCAUGCUCCUGGCCUUGGGAUUGUUACUACAUGCUAAUGGCAUUUUUUAAAAGAUCUUCUUGCCUGUGUAGCUUGUAAAUGUGAAUUAGAAACAUUUCUUGAAUCCCUAACAAUUUUAAAUUCGUAGUGUUGCAAGCUGCUGUGAUUGAUUGAA